GGAUCACAUAUCUACCUGCUCGUGACAUAAUGUAUGAUACAUUUGAUCACGUCAAUGGUCUCCGUCGUCAUCGGUUACACCAACUUCAUGCAAAGAAAACCGGCGACUGACUCCGUCCACAUUUCUUCGACAGUCGACGUUUAGGACCGGCAACGUGCGGUGAGUGCUCGUGAAUUAUCAAAUUAUCACGAAGGAUUUUCACAGUAUGGUCAACCAGAUCACUUCGAUAUCAUUUAUAGUGGAUAACAGUAAUGGAUCCAAAGAGGGAAGCGCGGAUUUUGAAAAGGCCGUCAGAUAUUGUGGAUAUGGAAGGUUUCAUUACGGUUUGAUGUUACUCUGCGGUAUGAUGUUCCUCUCCGUUGGUUUUCAAAAUAGUAUAAAUGCUUACAUCUUACCUUCGGCUGAAUGCGAUUUGAAUUUGUCUUCAGCGGACAAAGGACUCUUAAACGUCGGCUUUCUCGUGGGUGGAGUUAUCAGUUCAGUUUUUUGGGGUAUCUUCGCAGACGCCUACGGUAGGAGGAACGUUCUUCUGGUGACUUUUAUGGUCGACAGCGUUUUUUCAAUUAUUUCGAGUUUCUCCCGAAGCUUCAACAGUUUACUGAUCUUUCGUGCAAUUAACGGAUUCACAAUCGGUGCUCCUGGAUCAUUGAUCUACACUUAUCUCGGUGAAUUUCAAUCGGAAAAAUACAGAUCUAAGAGCAUUUGUUACGUUGGCUUCUUCUGGACGCUCUCUUGGCUCAUAUUACCUGGUCUGGCCUGGAUAAUAAUACCACUUACGAUCACCAUCGAGUUCAACGGUAUCUCUUACAAUUCUUGGAGACUUUUGUUAGCCUUGAUCGGCUUGCCAACAUUUUUCGUCGCUCUCGUUACUCUUACUUAUCCUGAAAGUCCUAAAUUUUUAGUGUCACAAGGAAAGACCGAAGAAGCAUUGAGGAUAUUAAAAAAAAUUUAUGUCAUUAAUACCGGUGAAAGUGAAGAGAAUUAUCCGGUAAAGGUUCUCUUAUCUGAGAAUACAAUGAACACGAGAAAAGAAGGAUCUUCUUUAUCAGCAUUUGGAUUGUUUACGGUUUUGUUAAAAAACAUUUGGUCUCAAAUUCGAUCAAUCUCUUCCUUGCCUCUUUUAAAAUAUGCCAUACUUUGUUGGACGAUAUACUUCACCAAUAUGUUUGGAUAUUACGGAUUGGGUCUCUGGCUUCCGGAGUUGUUCAAUCGUUUUGAAAUAUAUCAGAAAUUACAUCCAAACGCGACAAUAACCGUUUGCGAGUUGAUAAGGAAAACGGAAAUAUUGAAUCAUACGAGUAUUAAACCAACAACAUUGAACGAAUCGGUGAUCCUUUUUCCAUUGAUGAACGAGACUGAAAAAUGUGUAAGCACGAUGGAUGAAAAGGUUUUCACUAACGCGUUAACGAUCAAUGCCGUUUGUUUGCUAGGAAAUAUUGCAUCUGGUUACUUCGCAAAUCGGGUCGGUCGUAGAACGAUACCAGUAAUUACUAUGUUGACAGCUGGUGUCUUUGGUUUCGCCACUUACUUCGUUAAAUCUUCCUUGCAAAUUCUCGUAGUGACCUGUCUGUUUUCACUGACAAUAGCCACGGCGAAUUUUGUAAUAGGAAGCGUUGUGGUCGAUAUUUUUCCAACGCACGUAGGAGCGGUAGCUAUCUGUAUGAUGACGUGCUUUGGUAGGAUCGGUGCCAUCGCGAGUAAUUUGGCCUUCGGUAUGCUUCUCGAUAUCAGUUGCGAAGUGCCAAUUUUCUUAGUGGGCAGUAUUGUUAUCGGUAAGAAUCGAUUUUCGACGAUACAAAUAAAGAUCAGUUUAUGCAUAAAUAUAAUUCAUGGAUGAGACGAAUCAAUGAAAUGCUUUUUCUUAUUUAUGUAUUUAUUUUAUUUUUGUUUCUUGUUUUCAGCCGGAGGCAUCCUAGGCUUUUUGCUACCAUUGAAAAAUAGCUGAGGAUGAUUUCUUAUAAGCGACGAGUUCAGAAAUAUUCGUCUACCUUUCCUUCUUUUUUUUUUUUUUCUUUUUCUUUUCCUUUUUAUUUAUUUCCUUUCUUUUUUUUUUCUUUUUUAUUAUUUUUUUAUCAAUCCCAAUUUCCUACUGGACAAUGCUAGUCUCGUCGCUUAAAUCUAUUUGUAUGAUGAAAA